GUAUUUGUCCAGUGCGGGCAAAGAAUUAAAGCUGACCGGACACCAAUUAAUGGUUACCAGCCAACAGCCGGCUGAUACUCGAGCGAUUUACAUUCGUUUGAAUUAUUUUGUGCAACAAAUUAAUUAGGCAACAGAGAAAAAGGCUAAUUAUUCCAUACGUUAGUGCACAAUAAUAUAGUCAACAUUUUCAGGAUGUACAUUUUCAUUGCUGUCGCGAUAAUCAUCGUAGCAACGGCGCUAUGGUGGAUAAACGACCAACACAGUUUGCCACCAGGCCCUUGGGAUUUACCCCUUUUGGGUUUCCUCCCUUGGCUGGACCCCGAACAUCCCUACGAAACCCUAACAUCACUCGCUAAAAAAUAUGGGACCAUCUACACAUUCAAUUUAGGAACAGUACGCACAAUCGUCCUGUCAGAUCAUAAGAUUGUCAAACAGGCCUUUAUGAAGGAUGCACUGUCUGGAAGGGCGCCUUUGUACGUUACACACGGAAUAAUGAAAGGACAUGGUAUGUAGAUGAAGGGGGUUGAAGGUUUUUGUA